CUGCACUCCAUACAGAGGAUCGACUUCUUCCCACACAGACGAGAGACGUGGUUUACCACGAAUUUAUAAGCAUUCUCUCGCCUCCCGCAUUAUAUUCAGCCUCAUUAUCCGUCGGGCCGUGGAUCGAUCCCUUGAGAUAGCAUUUUAGGCGUUCUAAAGAGGAUCGAGUCAUCGAAAGAUACAAUCUGGCCUCGACUUCCCUCAGCUAGGAGUUACAAGGGUCGAUUUCGACUACGGAAGCUUGGCUGACGAUAUAUAUUGCUUGUCCAGAGCUGGGCACAUCGACUUACGCUCUAGUCCAGCUUUUUUGUUCGACUCAGCUUCUUCUGACCUCAGACUUGCAUACCUCGAUAGUCCAAGCACUUCCUUUUUUUUUCUUUUUUUCCGAGGGUAUAAUUUAUCUUUCGUGAACCCUGAAACUUAGACCCCGACAACGAUCAGGCAGAAACGAUACGGCUACAAUGGCAUCCAAGCUAAAGAUCGACCCGCCCCUUCUCAACUCGGCCUGCCCGUGGUCCACCACCAUAGAAGAUAUCAAGGCCCUCUACGACUGCCCCUACACUGGUGCUGUGACGAUCCGGACCUCCCUUCUAGAAGGCUUCACGCACGACGAUGCCGUCCAUCAGUUUCUCUUUUUCACACCCGGAACGACCGUCCCCUCGGACACGGCCAAGGGUGACGCCUCUGCCCCGGCAGCAUCGACAAACAACCCCCCGUCCAGCACGCUCAACACCCUCGGCUACUCGCCGUUCACGCUCUCGGAAUAUCUGGGCUACAUCAACGAGAUCGUGGGCCAACGACACCUGGGGACUGACACCCCGACCAAGAAACCCUUCAUCCUCAGCGUGACCGGCACGCCGGACGAGAUCGCCAUGGCCUACGCCCUGAUCGCCAACGCCGCCGAGAUGGACGAGGACCUCCGCCUCGCCAUGGAGGUCAACCUGUCGUGCCCCAACAUCAAGGACGCACCGCCGCCGGCCUACGAUCCCGUCCAGCUCGCCGAAUACCUGGAAUCCAUCUCGGACUCCAAGUCGACGUACCGGGGACGCAUGGCCACGCCCGAGUCGGUGCCCAAGGUCGGCGUCAAGCUCCCGCCCUACACGCACACGGCCCAGUUCGAAAUGGUCGUCUCGGCCAUGCGCAGGGCCCAGUCCAGCGAGCCCGGCGAAGGUUGCGUGCUGGAUUUCAUCACGUGCACCAACACGCUGGGCUCCUCGCUCCUUCUCGACUCCGACCUUCAGCCCGUGCUGAACAGCGAGUCCGGCACGGGCAUCGGCGGCCUCGCGGGUGCCGCCCUGCACCCUCUGGCGCUGGGCAACGUCGCCACGUUCCGCAGACUCCUCGACCAGACCCCCGAGACAAAGGGCGUGGCCAUCAUCGGCGUGGGCGGCGUGGAAGACAAGGCCGGGGCAGAGAGGAUGCACAAGGUCGGGGCCCAGGCCGUGGCGUGCGCGAGUGCGUUGGGCAGGUACGGUGUGGGCGUCUUUGAGAAGAUUGCAAGGGGAGAAUGAUUGAUCGAGGUGCAAACCCCCCACCAAGAACGGCAACAGCUUGUUAUCAAAGGCCCCCGAUAGCGUCAUAGAUCGUCUAAUCGACACUAGACUCACCUCUCCAAGAGACCAAGAACGGAGUACGGGUACUCGACAGACAGUACCUGCAGGGAUCCUCGGACCUUCAGAACCGACAACGAGGGACGACGACAAAACCCCCCACUGGUGACGAGGGGACCAAAGCACGCAGCAUCCUUCUUAAACCCCGUAAAGGGGACUCGGGGCACACACUCGCCUGGCAAAAUGACCUGAGACGCUUGAGCAUGGCAUAAAAUAGGUGCAGAGGGUACAGAAGAGGCAUGACACGAUUAACUCAACAUGAUAUCAAUACGACAAGGAAACUGCAUGAUGAUGAAAGAAAUAGAGACUUUUUAAUGUCGCGCUCAUUAGGAAA